UGACGUCACCUCGCCUGACUGCGGAGUAUAAGUAAAUUGAUUUAGUAAUAUCGUAACAAAUUGCUUUUAAAGCCACAGUGCUGAGGUUGAGAAAGCCAUGGAGAAUCCAAGAAUCUAUAACGAAGGUAGCAACGUACAAAAGCGUAAUGUAUCAUCUGUAAUUGAAGAGUAUAGUGAAGAGUUAAUGAACGUAACUGGAAAGUGUAUGGACCUUGGUUGCGGUCCCGGAAAUAUAACAAAAGAUAUUUUGUUGCCGUCUCUUGGCUCAAGUGCACACAUAAUUGGCGUGGAUAUUUCGGAGCACAUAGUCAAAUAUGCGAAUGAAAAAAAUAAAGUUGAAAAACGGCUCCAUUACGAGAUACUGAAUGCUGAAACGAAAAGUUUACCUAAAAAAUAUAUUUCUGAAUUUGAUCAUAUAUUUUCAUUUCGAAGUCUUCACUGGUGUAGUGACAUUCGACAAGCUGUUACAAACAUUUAUCAAAUGCUACAACCCAAUGGAUUCACACUUUUGCAAAUAGUAGUAGCUCAGAAUUAUUUUGAAAUUAUUCAGAGGUUGGUACGAGACAUCCGCUUUGCGCAAUAUAUACCGGAGGAGAUAAAAAACAUUUUAAUGUAUCAAGAAUUCAAUCGUACCCGUAAAGGAUUCAAAGAAUUACUUCAAAGUGUAGGAUUUACUGUUCAUCAUUGCAGUCAUCGGUAUGAAAUCGAUUUUGAAGAAAACUCUGGACUGUUCCUAGGUACGCUGUUAUCCAUCACGCACUUUCUCCAAGAUAUGCCGCAAGAUCUAGUGGAUCAAUUCAAGGAUGCAAUUUUCUACAUUGGAUAAUCAAUUACUGGCGUUAAAUAAUUCUUUACGUAAUAUAAAAUUGUUUAAACAUAUGUGCAAUCGUAGAUUAAUAAAUUUGGCAAAUAAUAGAAAACCUUGUAGCACCGUAUUAACACUUAUAAUUAAUAAAUAGUUAUUACUUAAUUAAUGAUUAAUAAUUUAUUAUACAUCUGUCAUCUAUUCGCAUAAAAAAUAUGUAUACUAGUGAGUGUUUGUAAAUACCUUAAACUUUUUAAUUUUGCAACAUACCCCCACCCACACAAAUUUAAAAAAAUUGUAAAACUUUCUUGUUACCAGACAAAAGAUUUUUUUUUUUUACGAAAUCAAAUACAUGUAUACGUCUCCUUACUCUUACUUCAUGCUUCUGACAUCGGACUUCUCACACAAAAUUCUUGUUCUAUCCAGACUUAGAAAUUAACAACGAUCUUGUAACUUAAAUAAAAUAAAUUGUGCGAUGAAUUGUAAUCUAUUGUAUAAUCAAUUUAAUAAAUUUUGUAACUGC